GGGAGUCAAGCAGACAGUGGGACAGUGGACGUGCUCUGCCUUCUCUCUGCUGCCAGAUGGAUGAGUGAGUGUGCCUGGGACCAGGAGGCAGGCAGCACCAAUUAUACUCGCCGCCGCAGCAUCCACGGAGCAUCUCGGGAAUUGUUUAUGGAUAAGGAUCAAAGUCAGGUGGUGCUUAAUGUUCAGCCCAGGGUUCGACUAAGCCAGCCAUUUUAGCUUAUCCCGAAUCUGCGAGGAGAGAAGUGGUUUUCCUGGCAUCUUGGUCCAGAGCAUGCUCCGUGGAGUCGCUGAAGCGAAUAUCUGAGCACCCGCCUUUGCAUUGAUUUGGUACCAUUGCCGGAGGAUUGCAGUCUUGCAAACGGGCAGGGGCUUUGGCGGAGUUGUCCCGGGGAGAAGCCUCUGCUGAGUCACUCUGCAUCGCCUCACUGGUGUGUUGGUAGUCUGGUAGCGAGGCAUCCGUCGCCGCACGUUUCACGCCACCCCCUCGCAAGGGAAGGGGGUAACUGGCCGGCAACAACAACAACAACAAAAAAAUCGCGUCUCUGUUCUUGCAGCAGCCGAGUCAUCAUGUCUGACCUGACUCCUCAGAGUGACGCCCCGACUCCAACCACCGAAAAGAUCACCCAAGCCGCCAGGGAGACCAUCUACCUGUGCAACUUCCGAGUGUCGGUGGAUGGAGAGUGGCUGUGCCUGCGGGAACUCAACGACAUCUCCCUCACACCUGACCCGGAGCCCAGCCACGAAGGCUCUUGGGAGGAUUUAACAGUGUGGGUGGAUCAGAUGGAAAAGCUUGAUGGGGCUGAAGACCCCAAGGACCCCAUUGCAAUCGAACGGCUGAACUUGAUGAACAUGGCAAAGCUAAGCAUAAAGGGUCUGAUUGAAUCGGCCUUGAACUUGGGCAGGUCCCUGGACUCGGACUAUGCCCCUCUGCAGCAGUUCUUUGUGGUGAUGGAGCAUUGCCUCAAACACGGCCUUAAAGUUAAGAAAACAUUCCUUGGGCAAAACAAGUCGUUCUGGGGGGCGCUGGAGCUGGUAGAGAAGCUGUGUCCAGAAGCCGGAGAGAUCACCGUCAGCGUCAAGGACCUCCCAGGACUCAAGACAGCGGUUGGGAGAGGGAGAGCGUGGCUCCGCCUGGCUCUGAUGCAGAAGAAGCUCUCUGAUUACAUGAAGGCACUGAUUAAUCGGAAGGAUCUGCUGAGUGAGUUCUAUGAGCCAAAUGCUCUGAUGAUGGAAGAGGAAGGGGCGGUGAUCGCUGGGCUCCUGGUUGGACUCAAUGUGAUUGACGUCAACCUGUGUAUGAAGGGAGAGGACUUGGAUACCCAGGUUGGUGUGAUCGACUUCUCUCUCUACUUGAAAGACGGCGGGCACAGCAGUAAAAGCUCGGAAGGGGACGGGCAGAUUACUGCCAUUUUGGACCAAAAGAAUUACGUGGAAGAGUUGAACAGGCACCUGAGUUCCACUGUAAAUAAUCUCCAAGCAAAAGUGGAUGCAUUGGAAAAAUCGAACACAAAGCUUACUGAAGAGCUGGCAGUGGCCAACAACCGUAUCAUCACCCUCCAGGAAGAGACGGAACGGAUAAAGCAGGAGAGUGCACUCCAGCUGGAAUCUACCUGGAAGAAGAUGGAGGUGUCGAAGGCGGAUGGAAACACUGAGGGACUGGGACUGGGACAGAGACAGGGCCGGCAGGUUAUGGAGGACGCGGAUACUGAGACCAGGAAACAGCUCAAGGAGGAGACGCAGCUCAGGCUGGACGUUGAGAAGGAGCUGGAGGUGCAGAUUGGGAUGAAGCAGGAGAUGGAACUGGCCAUGAAGAUGCUGGAGAAGGACAUCUGUGACAAGCAGGAUGUGCUGGUGACGUUCCGACAGCAGCUGGAUGAGGUGCAGGCACUCAACCAGGAGCUCUGCCAGAAGGUUCAGGGCUCUGACAACGUGAUCCGACAGAAGAAUGAAAUCAUUGCCCGCCUGGAGGAGAAAGCUAAUCAGAUGAGCUCCACCAUCAAACAGUUGGAACUGAGAUUGCGACGGGCACAGGACAGCUGUCGCUCGGCAGAGGAAGCGAACCGACUCUUCAAGCAGGAGUUUGGGGAGAAGAUCGCCAGCUUGCAGCAAGAGGCGGACAGCCUGAAGAGACAACGUGCCCAGUUACAGAUGAGCUUGAAGGAGCGCAGGCUAAGUUCACACAUUGACUACAGACGAGAUCACAGCUCGGAGGCACAAGUGAAGGACUGUCAGCAAGAAAUGGCGGAUAUCAGGAGGGAGCUGGAGAGGCUUCGAGAAGAAAACUUUCGACUCUAUCAAGCAGAAGGGGGGAGAACUCCCAAUGGGUCCCACAAAUCGGACAGGUCAAAUUCAGAAACAGAAGUAGAAACUGGACCCAGUGGCUCGGUACCGGAAUGUGAAGAGAAUGUGAUUUGCAAACUCUGUCAGGAGGAAGCCUCCCUAAACAGGCCCAAGAAGCAAUGCAAAAGCUGUCAAGGAACCUUCUGCAGUGCGUGUGCUGUAAAUGAGUUGCCUCUCCCGUCCUCCUUGGAGCCCGUGUGUGUGUGUAAUCCCUGCCACGUGAUGCUGUUACAACAGUACUCAACACCACCCUGACAGACUACCAAGUGGAGUCUGCAGAGAAGCACUCUGUCCUCAAUGUGAAGUGUUGGACAAAUCAGCAUGCCAUUCCUACUGUGCACACUUUCCCUUGAAAAAGGAACUAUUGUUUUGAUGACACAUCAUUGGGAACCUUGUUAAUGGUGUUUGUAACUUUCAGGAAGACUAUGCACCUGGACUCUUGCCACAUCAAAUGGUUGUUUUCUGGCCCAUGAAUGGUGUAACCAAAAAAGGUAUCAGGUGAGGGGGCUGAAAACCAGAUUAACUUAGUGUGGUAAAACACUGAGACAUGUUUUAAAAAUCAUCACUUUGAAUUCUGGUAAUGCUAUUUAACAAUUCUAAUCCUUAGCAGAUGAGGCCAGAUUUCUGAUCUAUGGCCUAAGCAAUGUGGCAGACCCAUGUGGGUGUAGUCAAGGUGACUAUGCCAACCUUGGAUGUUCUCUAGUUUCCCACAUCCAUCCCUCUCACUGAGGGUAUUGUUAUUUUGACUUUUCAUUCUUUGACCAAAUGUGAAUUUCAGUUGUGUGCUAAUAUGUGUUUAAACCACCUCUCUGUAGGUUGGACUGAGCUGGAAUUGUCUGUUGGUAAAGAAUCUGGAUCUUGUCCUUGCGUCAGUGAAUAGUUCACUUUGUAAACCAGUAUGCUUUUGUAAUCCAGAAUAAACGUGCAACCCACUGAGAACACAGGACACUGCUGGAGAGAAACAGUUAAAAGUCAGAUCUGUUUUCUGUCAGCUUUUUUGCUUUUGAAUUUCAGCAUCUGUAAUGUUUGACUAUCUUUUCAGUCAAAGCACUGAUCAAAGAUGAUUUCUGUGUUGGUGAUCAAAGUGAGGUUCAAAGCUGUAUGGUAUACACUACCUCCUACUACAAUGUAAUUUAGAUAUAUUCAAAAGACAGAAGUUUUCUUGACAAGUUCCUCAUUUCACAGGACUUUAAAAAUGAAUGUACAGUAGGUAUUUAGUGACCAAAUGAAUUUUAUAGUCAACUAUUUUUCUUAUUUGAUUCAAGGACCUGAUAUACUCCACAACAUUAGUAGCAUUUAUACAAAACUGGGCAAUUGUAAAAAAUUUUGCACUGCAUUGGGGAAAGGAGCAGGGACUAAAAUAUCUCUAUGAGGGAGUACUUGUUUGCUGCCUGGGUACAACUGGAUAUCCUGAUUGUUGUAUGAAUAAACAUUUGCUUUGUGCGUACACACCUGUGGUUCAGUGAUUUCCCUCCAAGGUACUCCAUUCUCAACCCUGCUAUACUUUGAUGUCAGGGGCAGAGCAAAAUAAUCUAUCUGUUAAAUACCAAGGAAUUUGGCAUUUCUGGCCUGGUAAUAUAGUGGCUACCACAAUGAUCACUAACUGCUGUUACCUGCAAGGAGUUUGUACAUUCUCCAUCCAUGUUCCAAAGAUGUCCAGGGCUAUGUUGGCGACACUUGCACAAGUCUAAUCUGUAAUGCUUAGCAAUCUUUUCAGUCAAAGCACUGACCAGAGAUGACUUCUGUGAUGGUGAUCAAGGUGAGGUUCAAAGCUGUAUAGUACAGACUACCUCAUACUACAAUGUAGUUUAGAUAUAAACAUGAGACA